GCAGAGUCGGGCAACCACUACCGCACAGGGGACGGAAGCUCGGCAACGCGGCCCAGCAUCAUUGUUAGUCUCGACACCGACGUCCAACUGUUCACAUGAUCCAAAUACCUUCCAAGGUCCUUAUAUAUACCUAGAAGCACCUAAUACGUCCAGCCCAAUGUCCACUUUUCGCCUACUCUCACUUGACCAACCACCGGCCACCACGAGACACUUGAAAUGACGACCGAGAACUAUCCCACUCCCCUCAACACUACCAUCAGCAACCCCCGGCUUAAGCUUCUCAACUCUCUCCGGGCCGGAUCCCCCUCUUUGGUGACUUUCCAACUCAUCCCCAGUGUCCGACAAGCCCAGAUUCUCGCUUCGACUGGUCUGGAUGGCAUUAUCAUCGACUGCGAGCAUGGGCACAUCAGCGAUGACCAGAUGCACAACUCGGUCUCUGCCAUCGCUGCCCUCGGCUGCAGCCCUAUCAUCCGCGUGCGAGGUCCUCAGCCAGAUCUUCUAAAGCGUGCUCUGGAUACCGGUGCCCACGCUCUGAUGGUACCCAUGAUCAGCACUGCCGAAGAGGCUGCCGAAGUUGUCAAGUUCUCCAAGUUCCCACCUCAAGGUCUUCGAGGACAAGGCUCACCCUUCCCCGGUAUUGCUCACGGCUUGACCCUGCCUGAGUAUAUGAAGUCUGCCAACGAAACCAUCUUGACGAUCGUGCAAAUCGAGACGAAGGAAGGUGUCAAGAAUGUAGAUGCUAUUGCUGCUGUCCCCGGCGUUGACUACGUCUUCAUCGGCCCUAAUGACCUGGCCAUGUCGCUUCUCGGCUACACGCCCGCAAAGGGCGACGAACCAGUCUUUGUCGAUGCGAUUGAAAAGGUUGUAGCGGCGGCCAGGAAGCAUGGAAAGUGGACCGGUCGACUGGUGAAUGACGGUCCACAGGCAGCCGAGGCGUUGAAGAAGUAUGACAACAUAUGUAUUGCUAACGAUGCUAAGGCUAUCGGUUUCUGGUUUGCAAACCAAAUCGAUGCCGUCAAGAACGCAAAGUAAUGAUCAGAAGCCAAUUGAAGGAUCCCUUCCUGUAAAUGUAGCAUGAGAAUAAGAAGCAUGAAUUUGUAACAUCGAGC